UCUUCUUCUUCUGUUUUAAUUAACUUAAUAACCAAAAUAACAAAUUAAUUUUAAUUAUUAAAUAAAAAAUUAAGUGCAAUCACCACCAAAUGACAGUCACUGAAAUUCACUCCAGAUACGUUUACGAUUCUCGUGGUAACCCUACUGUUGAAGUAGAUUUAACUACUGAGAAGGGAUCUUUCCGAGCCAUUGUACCUUCAGGAGCUUCAACUGGUAGUCAUGAAGCAAUUGAAUUAAGAGACGGAGAUCCAAGUAAAUGGUUAGGUAAAGGGGUUUUAAAAGCUGUUUCCAAUGUUAAUGAUAUAAUUGCUCCAGCUUUUAUUAAAGCCAAUAUUGACGUUAAAGACCAAGCUAAAGUUGAUGAAUUUUUAAUUGCUUUAGAUGGUACACCAAAUAAGUCAAAGUUAGGUGCUAAUGCUAUAUUAGGAGUUUCAAUUGCUGCAGCUCGUGCUGCUGCUGCAGAAAAGAAAGUUCCAUUUUAUAAACAUAUUGCUGAUAUCUCAGGAGCUAAACAAGAUAAAUUUAUCUUACCAGUACCAUUUCAAAAUGUUUUGAAUGGAGGUUCACACGCUGGUGGUUCUUUAGCUUUCCAAGAGUUUAUGAUUGUUCCAUACGCAGCUCCUACCUUUUCGGAAGCUUUAAGAAUUGGUACCGAAGUAUAUCAUACUUUGAAAAAUCUUGCUAAAAAGAAGUAUGGACAAUCGGCUGGUAAUGUUGGAGAUGAAGGUGGUGUCGCUCCAAACCUUUCCACGCCAAGGGAAGCCUUAGACUUAAUUGUCGCUUCCAUUGAAAAAGCUGGUUAUACCGGCCAAGUUGGUAUUGCAAUUGAUUCUGCUUCAUCAGAAUUCUAUAAAGUAGAUGCCAACAAGUAUGAUAUGGAUUUUAAAAAUCCAAAGUCAGAUCCUAGUAAAUGGUUAACAGGAGAACAAUUAGCAGAUUUAUUUCUCGAAUUACUUGAUGAAUAUCCAAUUGUUACUUUAGAAGAUCCAUUUGCUGAAGAUGAUUGGGAUGCUUGGGUUCAUUUCUAUAAGAAAGCUGGUCCCAAGGUUCAAAUCAUUGCUGAUGAUUUAACAGUUACCAAUCCAAUUAGAAUUCAAAAAGCUAUUGAUUUGGAUUGUGCCAAUUGUUUAUUAUUGAAACUUAACCAAAUUGGUACAGUUUCUGAGACCAUCCAAGCCGCUAAUUUAGCAUUUAAAAAUGGCUGGGGUGUGUUGGUUUCCCAUAGAUCUGGAGAAACCGAAGAUACAACUAUUGCUGAUUUAACAGUAGGUUUAAGAACCGGUCAACUUAAGACUGGAGCACCAGCAAGAUCCGAAAGAUUAGCCAAAUUGAACCAACUCUUAAGAAUUGAAGAGGAAUUAGGUGAUAAGGCAAUCUAUGCUGGUAGCAAAUUCCACACGGGUCAUUUAUUAUAAAUGGCCAAGUGAUUUAUUUAUGAAGUUGAUUUGUUAUCACUUCUAAUAGGCCCGCCACUCCAUUCUCUUCCAUGUUUAUCCUCUAUAUUCUACCUCUAUAUUCUACCUCUAUAAUUAACUAUAACUACUAUGGUUUUAUUUCUCUUUAUUGAUUUUUAUGAGUGUGCAGGGAUUGUUAUAGAGACCUUUUUAGUAAGGGGCUUCUCUAUCAAACAAUGUGUGUUUAUCCUUUUUGAUAUUAUAAAUAUUAUAAAUACUAUAAAUAUAAAUAUAAAGGUUGCAAAAAUAGACAAUUUACAUUUCCGCAUUGGAG